GGAGGAAAUGUUGAAGUCGUGGUGGUUUGAACAUUUCACGGCUGUAAUCUCCUGUGAGGAGGAGGAGGAGGAGGAGGAGCAGCACAGCUGUUUUGAACGCAAGCGCACAACCAGCCGCGGCGCAAAGGAGAAGUGUGUCUCCGAGUCAAAGGUGUGACGGUCAUUUCUCGAGCUCCUCGGUCUCUUCCUGUCACCCCCCCUCCUCUCGCAUGUGCGACAGACAGAAGUUUCCUCCGCUUUUCUGGCGCACGGAUCUCUCUUCACUCCGCACAAUGGCGCGCCCGUGUCAGCGCGCGGCGGCGUCGCCGUGGGAGCUCCGGCGCCUUUCGUGAGACGGGAGUCGUCUGAGAGGGUCACCAUGGCCGAACGCGCCGCGAAGAAGAGCCUGAUGGCUCCACCGGUUUCUGACUGGAGAGGCGGAUCGAGCGCGGACGCGCACCGAGGAGAAACCGUGUCAAACGGAAGCUGCAGCGUGCCAGACGCCGUCAGGAGGGCUCAGACCGACGCCAGCUGUGAGUCCCCGACGUGGGAGACCGCGGGCACCGAUUCUGCUCUGAAGCCAAUCCCGCGACGCAGCAGCCUGAUCAAGGACGGCUCCCGGUCUGGUCGAGACAGGAAGAAGACGGUUUCCUUCAGCAGCACCUUAACGGAGAAGAAGAUCAGCAGUGCCGCUGACUGUAUUCACGCCAUGGUUGAGGGGAGCGAGCUGAAGAAAGUCCGGCCCAACUCGCGCAUCUACCAGCGAUACUACCUUAUGGAUGCCGGCCUACAGGCUCUGUUCUGGGAGCCAUCAAAGAAAGAAUCGGACAAAGCCCGUAUCACUCUCGCAUCCAUACGUGAGGUACGAACAGGUCGUAACACGGAAACCUUCCGCACCAGUGGAGUUUAUGAGCAGAUUUCCGAGGACUGUGCAUUCUCCAUUAUCUACGGAGAGAUGUACGAAAGCUUGGACUUGGUUGCCAACUCUGCUGAAGUGGCUAACAUUUGGGUGACUGGCCUCAGGUAUUUAAUGCAGUACGGAAAACAUGCCUUUGACAUGCUGGCCAGCAGCCGGGUGGCAGGCCUGCGCUGGCUGGAGCAGCUGUUCUCCUCUGCCAGCUUGGAAGCAGAGGGAGACGUGAAGGAAGGAAUCCCCUUGCAGUUUGCCAUUAAGCUCAUACAAAGUGUCAACCCUGGGGUGAGCAGUGCAAAAGUGGAGCUCAGGUUUAAAGAGAUUCAAAGAGUCAGGGAGAAGUCGUGUGCGACAGAUGACGGGUGUGAAUUGAAAGAUCACGCCGAUAGCAAGAAGAAGCUCGGUGAAAGGGUCGGCAAGCAGGAGUUCGUCGAGGUGUUCCAUGACUUCUGCACUCGUCCGGAGAUCUACUUUCUGCUGGUGCAAUUCUCUAGCAACAAGGAGUUUCUGGACGCCAAAGACCUGAUGAAGUUCAUCGAGGCCGAGCAGGGCAUGGCUCAAGUGAGUGAGGAGAGCAGCCUCAAACUCAUCCAGGCUCAUGAGCCGUCGGAGGAGGGGCGGCAGCAGGGCCACCUGUCCCUGGAUGGUUUCACCAGCUACCUCACGUCAGCAGAGUGCCGCCUCUUUGACCCAGAGCAUGACGCCGUUUGCCAGGACAUGUCCCAGCCUUUGUCUCACUACUACAUCAACUCCUCUCAUAACACCUACCUCAUUGAGGACCAGUUCCGAGGCCCGUCUGACAUCUCUGGCUAUAUCCGCGCUCUGAAGAUGGGCUGCCGGUGUGUAGAGAUCGACGUCUGGGACGGUCCCGAUGAGGAGCCGGUGGUGUGUACGGGCCACACCCUGUCCCCACCGCUGGCCCUGCGCUGCGUGCUAGAAGCGAUUGGAAGGUUCGCAUUCGUGGCUUCUGAAUAUCCCUUGAUUCUGUGUAUUGAAAACCACUGUUCGCUGCGACAGCAGCACGUGUUGUUGCAACACCUCACACGAACGUUGGGCCGAUGGCUUUACACCGACCCCCCAGCGGAGGGCAUUUUAUACUUACCGUCACCACAAGCUCUACGGCAUCGAAUCCUAAUAAAGGGUAGAAAGCUGAAGCCAGAUUUUGAUGGAGAGGAUGGGGAUGUAAGUGAAGAGGACGAAGGAGCUGAAAUGUGUCAAAGGAUGAAGGUUGUGAACAGCAGCAGUGCAGCUCCUGGAGGAACUGAGACUGAUGUGGUGCAGAGAUCUGUUCUAGCCGGCACUCAGCCGCAUCCUCCCCAUCUUCCUCCACAACGCUUCCAACUACUGCGGGAACUUUCUGACCUGGUAACUCUGUGUCAAUCCAUCAGCUUCAUAGACUUUCCAACAUCCUCCAAGAGCCAAAAGCCAUGGGAACUGUGUUCCUUUCACGAAUCUUUAGCUGUGCGUCUCGCCGGCGACAGCCCUGGUGAUUUUGUCAACCACAACAAGCGUUUCCUCUCCCGGGUGUAUCCGAGUCCCGCCCGAAUCGACUCCAGCAACAUGAACCCCCAGGACCUGUGGAAGUGUGGUUGCCAGAUCGUGUCCAUGAACUUUCAGACGGCGGGACUGAUGAUGGACCUAAACACGGCCUGGUUCCGGCAGAACGGGAACUGCGGUUUUGUUCUACGUCCGGCCAUAAUGCGACAGGAGGUGUCUUACUUUAGCGCUGACACCAGAGAUACGGUGCCCGGCGUGUCGCCCCAGCUGCUGCAUGUGAAGGUAAUCAGUGGCCAGAACUUGCCCAAACCGAAAGGUUCUGGGGCUAAAGGGGAUGUGGUGGACCCAUAUGUGUACGUGGAGAUUCACGGCAUCCCCGCUGACUGCGCAGAACGCCGCACCAGGACCGUCACCCAGAAUGGAGACAAUCCCAUCUUCGAUGAGAGCUUUGAGUUCCAGAUCAACCUGCCUGAGCUCGCCAUGGUUCGCUUUGUGGUGCUGGAUGAUGACUUCAUCGGAGACGAGUUCAUUGGUCAGUAUACCAUACCGCUGGAGUGCCUCCAACCGGGCUACCGACACGUACCCCUCCAGUCGCUCACGGGAGAAGAGCUCCUACACUCUCACCUGUUCGUUCAUGUGGCUCUCACCAAUCGGAGAGGAGGGGGGAAGCCUCACAAGAGGGGUCUGUCUGUACGAAAGGCUCGAAGGGGGAGGGACUACACCGCUCUGAGGGUCCUAGGACUUCGAGCUGUGGACGAUGUCUUCAAGAUGGCCUCCCCUCUGCUGAGAGAAGCCACUGACCUGAGGGGAAACAUGCAGAACUCUGUGUCGGUGUUCAGAGAGCUGUGUGGAGUGUCAGCCGUGGCUAACCUCAUGCAGUGUGUGCUGGCUUUGAGCUCCAGAGUGACGGGACCAGAAGGAGCACCUUUACUGCUGUUUGAUCUACAGGACGACUACCCCACCCUGGAGGCCCAGGGGCCCCUACCAGAUGUCCUCCGCAGGGUCGUCUCUACUUAUGAAGCGAUGGUCAACUCCAGCAAAGCAGUGAUGGAGCUUUCUGAUGGAAUCCACGACAAGAUCCUGCAUAUUCAGUCAACCGCCAUGGAGUUUCAUGAAAAGCUGCAAAUUCUGGCAGCAAAGGAGGGACUGAAGGGUUCCAAGGUGUGCCGGGCAGUGGAGAGUUUUAGCUGGAACAUGACCAUUCUAAAGGGUCAAGCCGAUCUGCUCAAACACGCCAAAGCGGAAGUUCAGGAGAACAUGAAGCAGGUGCACGACUCCGCUCUGACGGGAAACCUCACCAAGGACGGAGUAGGGCUGAAAAGAGUGCGCUCCCAAACCCGUCAAAACCACGAUGACAACAACACAAGUGCUAGAAGUCGGCCGGUAUAGCAAGCAGAUGACCAAAUUUAUGUCAGACUUCAACAAAAUCCAAAAAAGCAUUACGGUGAAGGAUGUUGACAAAGCCAGGGUUGUUCAAGAAUGUCACCUCAACACUGGAGAUCUAAGAAUCAGGAUGAUGAGAUGAAUGUAGUAGGACUCGAAGCCAAGGUUCAGCUUGUACUGCUUUAAGCUGUAAAUACACCAAAAGUUGAUCUUUUCCAUCUCACGGGCAAUUUCUUUUAGAUUUCACUGUUGUGCUGGUUAACCGACACCACGGAUACAAUCUUUUUCAAACCUUGUGACUUCUGCAAAUUGCAAGUCAGAAUAUUUUGACUUGACGAUCAAAGAAACCAGCUGUUCUCCUGUUUUGUGAACCAGUGCAACUUCUGUGACUCUUUGUUUCUGCUUAUUUUUUUUUGUUUGGAGAUCGUCUUUGCCUUCCCCAAAACCGCUGUCCUCACAGUCUAAAUGUCGUCUUACAUAAAGUGUUUUAUUUUUAUAUUUUCUGACAGCCCUAACCCCGGUUAAUCGCCAUACUGAUCAACUCUAGAGGUGCAGAUGUCUCCAGGGAUUGCUAAUGAUGAAAGUGCUUACUUUGUGUGCAAAACACUGUACCGUAUUUUAUUAUGUAAUUCCAUCCUUUUGCUGUAAAAAAAGAAUUAAAAAAAGAAGUUUUAUGUAAGUUAUUGAUGCUAAAUGAAGACAUUCCAGAUUCACUUUAUUGUUGCGGUAGAUGAAACUUGUCCAGAAACGGCCAAAAUAAACGCAUUUUGUAGAUGA